UUGCGCUACUGUCUACAUUGGGCCCAACCAUCGUAUGUGUGCAAUCAGAAAUGUCUUUAACAAAUUUGUUGCCUGCUCCUACUCAAGUGGUGUGGGAUAGAGAAGAUGAGGCACGUGAACAGAAAUUACGACAAAGGCCAGUUUCAGCUUUGGUAAAAGCUGUUGUAACCGCUCCACCUUAUGGACAACGGCGAGGAUGGGUGCCACGCAACCCAGAAGAUUUUGGAGAUGGAGGUGCUUUUCCGGAGAUCCAUGUUGCACAGUAUCCACUGGGCAUGGGAAUGAAAGGCAAGGAAAGUACAAGCAAUGCCUUAGCAGUACAACUUGAUGCUCAGGGAAAAGUAAAAUAUGAUCUUAUAGCUAGACAAGGUCAUGGUAAAGAUAAGAUUGUAUACAGCAAGCUGAGCGAUUUGUUACCAUCAGAAAUUACAAAUGAAGACGAUCCCUCGUUGCAACGUCCGCUUGAUGAAGAAAUUGACGAGCUCACUGAUAAGACGAAAAAAGCAUUAGAGAAAAUAACACGGUCAAAGAUUGCAGCUGCCAUGCCAGUGAGAUGUGCCGAGAAGCAAGCUCCGGCACAGUAUAUACGUUACACACCGUCGCAGCAAGGACAAUCGUUCAAUUCGGGCGCAAAGCAAAGAGUUAUCAGAAUGGUGGAAGCGCAAGUGGAUCCUUUGGAACCACCAAAGUUUAAAAUUAAUAAAAAGAUUCCACGUGGACCUCCGUCUCCGCCAGCGCCUGUUAUGCAUUCACCAACUAGAAAAGUUACGGUGAAGGAGCAAAAGGAAUGGAAAAUUCCACCGUGUAUAAGUAAUUGGAAAAAUGCAAAGGGUUACACAAUUCCGCUGGACAAACGUCUAGCCGCAGACGGUCGGGGUCUGCAGCAGGUCCAUAUAAACGAAAACUUCGCCAAACUAGCUGAGGCUCUUUAUAUUGCUGACAGAAAAGCUCGCGAAGCCGUCGAGAUGCGCGCGCAGCUUGAAAAGAAACUAGCGGCUAAAGAAAAAGAGAAGAAAGAGGAUCACUUGAGACAACUCGCGCAGAAGGCCCGAGAAGAGCGUGCCGGUUUGAAAUCCGCCGCGGCAUCAGAUAAGGCUGAGGAAACACGCGAGAGGGACCAGAUCAGACAAGAGCGUCACAAGGAUCGUGCUCGCGAACGUAAUUUGGCUCGUGCUGCUCCUGACAAGCGUUCGCGUUUGCAACGUGAACGCGAGCGUGAUAUUAGCGAACAAAUCGCUCUUGGUUUGCCCGCAAAAAGCAUUCCUAACUCGGGAGAAGCGCAGUUUGAUCAGCGUCUCUUCAACACCAGCAAAGGAAUGGACAGUGGUUACGGAAAUGACGAGGAAUAUAAUAUUUAUGACAAACCGUGGAAAGAUAGCAAUUCUAUCGCUUCGCACAUAUAUCGUCCUAGCAAAAAUAUCGACAAGGACUCUUACGGAGAGGACUUGGAAAAAUUGAUCAAGACAAAUAGAUUCGUUCCCGACAAAGAAUUCAGUGGAACCGACCGAUCGGCUACUCGAUCAGGACCGGUACAGUUUGAAAAAGACGAAGAAGAUCCCUUCGGUCUGGAUCAGUUCUUGAAACAAGCUAAACGCGCCAGUAGUUCAGCCACGACAACGACGAAACGUAAAGACGAGCGCGAACAACGUAGGGACGAUCGUGACAAACGAAGGAAGCACUAAGAAAACAACCAAUUAAAUCAACAACAAAUGUAAAAUGAAGAAAGAAAU